CAAGUUGGCGCUGAUUCGUGCCUGUACAUGAAGUCUGUUAAGCUGCAGAAUGGCAAAAUCAAUUUUGUUAUCUUAUCAAUCCACGUAGACGACAUCUUAUGGUUCUCGAACGACGUGAUUAUGUUAGAGGAAGAGAAGGUUGCAAUUGGCACCAAGUUCAAAGUGGAAGAUUUGGGCGAAGUUAGUCAUAUCCUGGGAAUGUUGAUCAAACGCGAUCGAGACUCAAGAACACUAACCAUAAGUCAAUCCAAAUACUUGGAAGGUGUCUUGAAGAGAUUCAAUAUGGAAGAGUGCAAACCUGUAUCUACACCUCUUGAACCCGGAAAACAAUUCCACGAGUUAUCCGAUGAUGAAACACCAGCAAACAUUCAUGAAUAUCAGAAGAUUAUUGGUUGUUUAACUUACGUUACAACGGCAACACGACCUGAUCUGGCUGCAGCAGUUGGCAUUUUGUCGAAGUACAUGACCAAACCUAGCCAAGAACAUUGGAAAGGUGUAAAAAGAAUUUUGAGAUAUAUUAAAGGAACACUAAACUUUGGUAUUACAUUUCAAGCUAAAGACCAAACGUGUAUCUUAACUGGUUAUUCCGACGCUGACUGGGCAAACGACACAGAAACAAGACGUUCCACGUCUGGAUAUAUAUUUCAGAUUAGCGGAUGCACAAUUAGUUGGUGCAGCAAGAAACAGUCUUGUGUAUCUAGAUCGUCCACGGAAGCUGAAUACAUGGCAUUAAGUCUUGCAACUCAGGAGGCUAUUUGGCUAAGACGAUUACUAGAAAAUAUCUGA